GAGUGCGCAUUGCUCUUGUCAUUGUUUACCAGCCGCUUGCAAACUUGAGUUUCUUGAAGUUUUGUGUCGUUCAUAUUUAAUUACCUUGACACUUGAGUUUAACGAGCGUGUUUUACAAUCAUGUCAUCUGCAACAAAAGCAUCUAGGAUUGGGGAAGAGCUGUGGAAGACGAGAGUUGACAAAGUGAACGCCGAGUUGGUAACAUUAACUUACGGUACAAUUGUCGCGCAACUUUGCCAGGACUACGAUGGAAAUUACCAAGAAGUGAACAAGCAACUGGAGAAGAUGGGUUACAAUAUUGGAAUGCGACUUAUCGAGGACUUUUUGGCCAAGUCGGGCGUCGGCCGAUGUGCUAAUUUCCGGGAAACGGCGGAUAUGAUCGCAAAGGUUGGGUUCAGGAUCUUCCUCAACAUCGCACCCACCGUCACCAACUGGACGAGUGACAACAACCAAUUCUCUCUCAUAUUUGAAGAAAACCCGUUGGCAGAUUUUGUUGAGUUGCCCGAUGACGGACGGGCUCAAGAUGAGCUGUGGUUUUCCAAUAUCCUCUGUGGAGUUCUGCGGGGUGCAUUGGAGAUGGUGCAAAUGCAGAUCGAGGCGCAUUUUGUGAGCGACGUUUUGCGGGGCGAUGACACAACGGAAAUGCGGGUGUCACUUGUACGGUACAUUGAGGAUGAGAUGCCACCCGACGAGGAGUAAUGGUGCCAGCCGUAUGGUUCUGGGAUUGUUUAUACAAGUAGAGGCGUCUGGUGUUUUGAGGGUUCUAACCGCCGAUUUGGAGCUGCAGUUACCGAUGAAUAUUAUCUCGAUUAUGAGUUAUGACUGAUACUGAGUCUUGCAUCUUUUUUUUUUCUUUUUUUCCAUUGUCCUAUAGUUCUCGCACUAAACCGCGUUUACAUAGAAGGUCUCCUGCAGGUCAACAAUGCCAGACACAAUACCAUUGUCACAGACGGACGAGAUUAACAGUUGCAUGAAAAGCUAAAUUAACAGGGAAAGAAUUUGCAACGGAUAUUAAGGCUUAAACAUGACCUGUCAAUAUAGUAGAUCUCCU